UAUACCAUUUCCUCCUGUGUCUCUCUGUCUCUCUCACCCUCGAGGCCCGGGCCAUAAACCAACCCGAAUUCGACAUUUUAAAUAGACAUAUCGGCUUGCCAUCCGGCAAGGUUUGAUGCUGUGAGAGUACGAAUCGGAGGCCAUGGAGACGGGAAGUGGGGCAAAUUACACAUACAUGGGGCGGAACUUCAGUGAUCUGAGUAUCAACGGCGACUCCUCAGCUUUUAGCGACUGUAACAGCGACAGAUCCGGUGAAUUUCAGACGGCUUCUUCGGAGAGCCGGAGACUCUUCAUGGCCUGCACGGCGGAUAACUCGGACGAGCUGAUCCGUCAACUCGUCUCGGACCUAGAGUCCUGUUCGAUUGAGGAGCAAAAGCAAGCGGCCAUGGAGAUCAGACUCCUAGCCAAGAACAAGCCGGAAAAUAGGCUCAAAAUUGCCAAAGCCGGUGCGGUGAAGCCGUUGAUUUCGUUGGUCUCUUCCGCUGAUCCGCAGCUCCAAGAAAACGGCGUCACGGCGAUUUUGAAUCUCUCGCUGUGCGACGAGAACAAGGAGCACAUAGCUGCGUCGGGAGCGAUUAGGCCUCUGGUUCGAGCCCUCAAGACGGGGACUUGGACGGCCAAAGAGAACGCGGCGUGUGCUCUGCUCCGGCUCUCGCAAUUAGAGGAGAACAAGAUCGCAAUCGGACGGUCGGGAGCGAUUCCGCUGCUGGUGAACCUUCUGGAGACCGGAAGUUUCCGAGGGAAAAAGGACGCGUCAACGGCUCUGUACUUGCUGUGUUCGGUGAAGGAGAACAAGAACAGGGCCGUCCAGGCGGGGAUUAUGAAGACGCUGGUGGAAUUGAUGGCGGACUUCGGAUCAAACAUGGUGGAUAAGUCAGCGUACGUGCUGAGCCUGCUGGUAUCGUUGCCGGACGCGAGGACAGCGCUGGUGGACGAAGGGGGUAUCCCGGUGGUGGUGGAGAUAAUCGAGGUGGGGUCGCAGAGGCAGAAGGAGAUCGCGGUGGCCAUCUUGCUUCAGAUAUGCGAGGAUAGCGUGGUCUACCGCUCUAUGGUGGCCCGCGAAGGAGCGAUUCCUCCCUUGGUGGCUUUGUCCCAGUCCGGCACCAAUCGCGCCAAGCAAAAGGCGGAGACACUCAUAGAGCUUCUACGGCAACCAAGAUCCGGCAACGUCGCUGCCAGAGCGUCAGAGGUGUCAGUAUAAUACCCCGCACCCACCCUUGCUUGCGAUGUAGCCGGUAGCCCUAGCGCAACAGUUGAACAUCGAAAUACUGAAGAAAAAAAAAAAAAAAAAAAAGGCAGAAAAGAAAAGACAACUUGUAAAUAUCUAUGUAGUGGAGUUUGUAAAAUCUGUGAUAAAAGUGAUCUGAGAGUUUGUUUGUGUUUCGGUUUUCCUGUUCUUUUUCCUCUUUUUACCGUUUGAAUGGAUAAUAUCUCCGUACCAGUUGAAUUUCCCCUUUGAACACACUUUCUUGUUAUAUAAGAGUUUUUGAAGUA